AUGGCGGACGCGAAGCAGCAGCAGCCGCCGCAGACGGCGCUGGCGGCCAGCGGCGUGUGGAAGACGGUGAAGCCCUUCGUGAACGGCGGCGCCUCCGGCAUGCUCGCCACCUGCGUCAUCCAGCCCAUCGACAUGGUCAAGGUGAAGAUCCAGUUGGGCGAGGGCUCUGCAACUAGUGUCACCAAGAAGAUGCUUGCUAAUGAGGGAGUUGGUUCCUUUUACAAGGGAUUGUCUGCUGGUUUGCUAAGGCAAGCAACAUACACAACCGCUCGACUGGGAUCCUUCAGGGUUCUAACAAAUAAAGCAGUUGAAGCAAACGAAGGAAAACCACUGCCCCUAGUUCAGAAAGCUGCUAUUGGUCUCACUGCUGGAGCGAUUGGAGCUUGUUUUGGUAGUCCUGCGGAUUUGGCACUCAUCAGGAUGCAGGCUGAUUCAACCUUGCCAGCAGCCCAGCGCCGCCACUAUAAGAACGCUUUUCAUGCACUUUACCGUAUUAUUGCUGAUGAAGGUGUUCUGGCACUUUGGAAGGGCGCAGGUCCAACUGUAGCGAGAGCGAUGUCACUCAACAUGGGCAUGCUUGCCUCCUAUGAUCAGAGUGUUGAGGUACUUAGAGACAAACUUGGUGCUGGAGAACUUUCUACAAUGCUUGGGGCCAGUGCCAUUUCAGGAUUCUUUGCAUCUGCUUGCAGUUUGCCCUUCGACUAUGUUAAGACACAGGUUCAGAAGAUGCAACCUGAUGCUACUGGAAAGUAUCCAUACACUGGGUCUUUUGACUGUGCAAUGAAAACCUUGAAGAGUGGCGGUCCGUUUAAGUUCUACACUGGCUUUCCGGUCUAUUGCGUCAGGAUUGCUCCACAUGUCAUGAUGACAUGGAUAUUCUUGAAUCAGAUCCAGAAGGUCGAGAAGCGCGUCGGCCUUUAA